AGUUUCCCCUCCCUCGAGGCUGAGAUUAAAAUACAAAGAGCUCAAUUAAUCCACGAGCCCCUGAAGCAGCGCGGCCCCGUGCCCAUGGCAGCCGACGAGCUAUUUCCUGUUCCACCCUGCCGGCUUCACAGUGAACAGACUUCACUGUGGUGCGUUUGUGGCCGGCAGAGAGAGAGAGAGAGAUCACCUCCCUCUGGUCAGCAGUGUGGCAAAGCGACUCCAGUAAAGUGGGGAUUUUAGGGCUUUUAUUGUGGAGUGGUACAUGAGUUUCACUUGUCUCCCAGGAUAUGGAAACACCUCCUCUUCCCCCUCCUCCUCCUCAACUCCAGUGAGGACCGUUAGACUCUGGUCCUCCUCCUCCAGAGGAUGACAGGGAGGGGAUCAUAGUGGAGGGCUGCUCCUGCUCCGUCAGUCCAGCAGCUACAUCAGCUCCGGACCAACCCCCUCACUGCAUCUCUGUCCACGUUAUGGGAUCUUAUCCAAGUGUCGGCUGACAGAAAAGGUCCAAAUCUACGUCUGAAUUCUUUGUUUUUCAGUGGAAAGUUUGAGUUCGUGAACCUGUGCAGCUCUCAUCCAGCAACAAGUGACAGGAUCUGUCGGUGGUGGAUAGUCGAGGAGUUCAGUCCUGGCGAUGGUAGAUAUCUGACCCGUCAGUGAAUCAGGAUGGAGCCUGUUAAAAGAGACAUGGAGCUGUUAAGUAACAGCAUGGCGACCUACGCUCACAUCAAAGCCAACCCAGAGAGCUUCGCCCUCUACUUCAUGAUGGGCGUCUGUUUCGGCCUGCUCAUGGCUCUGUGCCUCAUGGUGGCCAGCAUCGCCUGCAGGACUCGCCGCCACAGCAGACCUCCCCCUUCCCCCGAGAGGAGACAGUUGAAGGAGUCCAGCGAGGAAGAGGAGGAUGAGAGUAUUGCUGAGGAGGAUGGGGAGGAGGAAGAAGAGGAGGCGAGGAUCCCUAAAGUGACAAUGGGGCCCAUGAGUGAUUGUAGCAGCCAGUCCAACGGCACCCUGAGGAGCGUGAACGUGUUCGCGUCAGCUGACGAGCUGGAGAAGGCGAGACGUCUGGAGGAGAGGGAGCGCAUUGUCAGGGAGAUCUGGAGGAACGGGCAGCCGGACAUCCUGGUCACGGGGACGGGGACUAUUGGACGAGUGCAUUACCACUAACAGACACUUUAACUGAGCCCUUAAAAUCCACCUCAUAGACUGCAGAGGGCAGGACACACUCAGUAUGCUGGACUGAGAGAUGUUCAUCUUGAUUUGUAUGGCAAGCCAACGUGUUCACUAUUAUACUAAGGAACUGUAUGAAAAUAGUUUUUCUCCUCCUACAAAGUCAGACUAUCCCACCUUAAACCCCCCAAAAAUAAAAUGAUGAUACCCCUCUCCACUCUAAUAACUUUCAUAUAGUCCCAAAAUAAACUCGACAUUAUGAAAUAAGUAAUCAAUACAGACAAAAAGUACAAUACAUCCCUAUUUUUUAAACACUCUAAACACUCUUUUCAUGUUAUUAGAUGUAAUUUCAUCCAAAUCCAAUCUUUUUUAACUUCUUUAUAGCUCAAUAAAAACCUGUUUUGCUGAACUGAAAAGGACCUUUAUAAAACAAAACAAUCCUAACUUUGGUUGGAAGAGCGUGUGAUAAUUAUGAGCUUAUUUCAAAAUGUCAGUAUAUUUGUCUAUAUUUAUUCACAUGAUGGUUCGUUCCUGAUUGUCUCAUUAUUUAAGUGAAUACUGAACACUUUUGUUGGCUUUUGUAUUGCUCUGUGACAUGAGACAUCUUAGUACGCAGCACACAUGACUUCAUCUUUCUCUACCAUGUCUUUGCAAUGUGAAUAAAAGCUAAACCACUUUUUAAAUCGACAA